GUCUUGCUUUUCCAACAGGUGGCGCUGUUUCCCUACAUUAGCCAGAAUGGACUCGAAAAAUGCCAUGAAAACAUGGGAAUUAAGUAAUAAUUUAGAGAAUGUCAGCGGUGUUGACGAAAUUUACAGAUAUGACAAGAAGCAACAACAAGAUAUCUUGACAGCUAAACCAUGGGAAAAAGAUCCACAUUAUUUCAAACACAUCAAAGUCAGUGCUCUGGCACUGCUAAAAAUGGUGAUGCACUCCAGAUCAGGAGGAAAUCUGGAAGUAAUGGGACUUUUGUUGGGAAAAGUAGAUGGCAAUACAAUGAUUGUGAUGGAUAGCUUUGCGCUGCCAGUGGAAGGUACAGAAACCAGAGUGAAUGCACAAGCACAAGCCUACGAGUACAUGGCUGCAUACACAGAGUCAGCUAAGCAGGUUGGGAGGUUGGAGAAUGCAAUUGGAUGGUACCACAGUCACCCUGGCUAUGGAUGCUGGUUAUCUGGAAUAGAUGUCAGUACACAGAUGUUAAAUCAGCAGUUUCAGGAACCGUUUGUGGCCAUUGUGGUUGAUCCUGUAAGAACAAUAUCUGCUGGAAAAGUUAAUAUAGGAGCAUUCAGGACCUACCCAAAGGGUUUUAAGCCCCCAGAUGAGGGUCCCUCAGAAUAUCAGUCUAUACCUCUAAAUAAAAUUGAAGACUUUGGAGUGCACUGCAAACAUUACUACAGUUUAGACAUGUCCUACUUUAAGUCUGUGGCCGACAGAAAACUUCUGGAAUCUCUCUGGAAUAAAUACUGGGUCAACACACUUAGUUCUUCAAGUUUAUUAACAAAUGCGGACUAUACCACCGGUCAGAUCUUUGACCUGGCAGACAAACUUGAACAGUCGGAGGUACAGCUCUGUAGAGGGGGAUUCAUGCUAGGCAUGGACACCCACGAAAAGAAGUCUGAAGAUAAACUCGCCAAGGCCACCAAAGAUGGAUGUAAAACCACAAUGGAAGCUAUUCAUGGUUUGAUGUCACAAGUGAUCAAAGACAGACUUUUUAACCAGGUCCAUACAACAAAAUGACCUUAGUUCUGUUAAGCAAUGACGUUCUAUGUCUGUAGUGUUUAAUAUGUUGUUCAUGAAAUAUAAAGACAGUUAUGUAAUGAAAAAGUGUAUUGCCAAUAUGUCGCUAUUAAAAUAAUUGUUGAAGAACUAAA